AUGGUUCGUCAACUCAAGCAUCAUGAGAAAAAGCUUCUCCGGAAGGUGGACUUCCACACCUACAAGUCCGAUGGCAAUCACCGUGAACACCAGAUCAUCCAACGCUACCUCCUCCAAGACCCGAUGGACUACAAGAAAUACAACUCCCUCUGCGGAUCCAUGCGAUCGCUCGCCCACAAACUUUCCCAGCUGGACCCGGAAAGUGACCCCGUGCGCAAGAAGUUGGAGUCUGAAUUGUUGGAUAAGUUGUGGCGCAUGGGUAUCUUGAAGCAGUCGCGUGAGCAGGGUGCGAGUUUGUCCCGUGUUGAGCGGGAGGUUACUGUUUCGGCAUUCUGUCGGCGGCGAUUGGCCGUUUUGAUGGUUCGGUCUGGAAUGGUUGAGACUAUCAAGGCUGCUACCACUUUUAUCGAGCAAGGCCAGGUUCGUGUUGGUACUGAGGUCGUCAAUGACCCGGCUUACCUGGUUACCCGCAACGUGGAGGACUACAUUACCUGGGUUGACUCCAGCAAGAUCAAGCGUAACAUCAUGCGGUACCGUGAGAAGCUGGAUGACUUUGAUCUUCUGUGA